AUGCUUCCUUCAACUGCGCGCGCCCUUCAUGCACGACCACGCUUGGUCUCAUCGAUUCCUCGAAUCCAACUAGUUACAAAUUUGUCAACUACCCCCAACAAAUCGGCCACAGCGCUUGAGCAACAAGGGCAUUCCGGCCAAUCACUGACGGCUUCUGGAAAAAUACGGAAGGAGGUACCUCUACCAAGCCAGGAGAAGAAAGAGGGUGCGAUGCAAUAUGUGCUGACUACCUUGGACCAAGUUGCUAAUUGGGCACGUCAGAGCUCUCUUUGGCCUAUGACUUUUGGUCUCGCUUGUUGCGCUGUUGAGAUGAUGCAUCUGUCUACUCCGAGAUAUGAUCAAGAUCGCCUAGGAAUUAUCUUUCGAGCCUCUCCUCGCCAGUCAGAUGUCAUGAUUGUCGCUGGAACAUUAACGAACAAGAUGGCACCCGCUCUUAGGCAGGUUUAUGAUCAAAUGCCCGACCCACGUUGGGUUGUUAGCAUGGGCAGCUGCGCAAAUGGUGGUGGCUACUAUCAUUACAGCUACUCCGUUGUUCGUGGUUGCGAUAGAAUCGUGCCUGUUGAUGUUUAUGUUCCUGGAUGCCCACCGACCUCCGAGGCAUUGAUGUACGGAAUCUUCCAACUCCAGAAGAAGAUGAGGCACACCAGAAUCACGCGCAUGUGGUACCGACGCUAA